AUGGCACCAGGCAAAAGUGGCGAGCUGGAGAAUGUACUGCUCUUGGAGACAGAGAUGCCUGGCGGCAGCAUCGCCAGCCUCACGCCAGAACUGAGCAAGCGCCUGCGACGUAAAAUUGACCUAUACCUAAUGCCAAUUAUGACGCUUUGCUUUUGCUUCCAGCUCAUGGACAAGCUAGCGCUGUCUUACACUUCGAUCCUUGGCAUUCGUGAAGACCUUCACUUGAGCGACGCCGACUACUCGUGGGCAAACAGUAUUUACUAUUUCGGGUAUCUCGCGGCAUCGUACCCGUCGGCGGUCCUCAUGGUGCGUCUUCCAGUUGCAAAACUCAUCGCUGGCUCUCUGUUUCUCUGGGGGGCAAUCGCGAUGCUCACAGCUACUUGUCGUGAUGCUACUGGACUUUUGGUCAAUCGCUUCUUUUUGGGGGUGGCGGAGGCCCCUCUCACCUCAGGGCUGACGAUUAUCGUGGCCAUGUGGUAUACGCGAGACGAGCAGCCCUUUCGUCAGUCUAUCUGGUACUUGGGGGGCAGCAUCGGUACUCUCAUCGGCAGCUUUGUGGGACUUGGGGUUCAUAACAUCCAGAUGAUUGCGGCUUGGAAGGCAUUGUAUCUCAUUCUGGGAUCCGCUACUGUUAUCGGGUCCGUCGUCGUCUUGUUCCUUCUGCCAGAUGUGCCCUCUGCUGCAUGGUUUCUCACAAAGGAGGAGCGCGUGCUGGUCAUUGCAAGAGUCAGCAACAAUCUUACGGGCAUUAAAGCGACAAAUUUCAGUUGGUCUCAGUUUCGUGAAGCAAUCUGCGAUGUCAAUACUUGGCUGCUAGUUUUGAACCAGCUGGCGCUCAAUAUCCCAAACGGAGGGCUUCAUCCUUACUUGAACAUUUUUCUCAGAGGCACCGGCUUCAGCGAACGCGAGGUCUUUCUUCUCAAUGCGUGUCAAUUCCCCAUUCUCUUCUUCAUGAAGCUUUACGUCGGCUGGGCCAGUACGCGAUACAAAAACACACGAGUAUUUUGGAUGAUUGUCUGCCUUUGCAUCAGCGCUCUUGGCAUCAUUCUCAUGCGCCAGCUUCCUCCACGCCUGAAAUGGGGUCGCUGGGCGGGCGCCGUCUUGACCGACAUGUAUACGGCCAAUUAUGGGCUCCUCGCCGCGCUCACGUCUGGCAACUUUGCAGGUUUCACAAAAAAGUCUGUAGCAGCUGCUCUCAUAUUCGCUGCUGGCUGCGCCGGAAGCAUCGUUGGCCCACAGCUCUUCAGUGGUUCCGAAACGCCUGCGUAUCCUACGGGGUAUCUUGCCAUGCUAAUUUGCGUGGUAGCGACAAUAAUUGUAUCUUUCUUUAUGCUACUUUACAUUGUUUGGGAGAAUCGUCGGCGCGAUCGAGCAAUGUGUGAGACUGACUCGGCGGCGAGUUGCUCUGAGGAUGUAAUGGAUGGCAUUGUGGCGAACCUGUCCGACAAAACCGAUAAAGAGCUUGCAAGAUUCAGGUAUAUUUACUGA